GCUCGCGCCUCAGCUGAAUCGCAUCAGUAUCUUCGUUCAACCAUCUGCCAGCUGUGGUUUUGUCUUUCGUUCAUUCCAACUCUCCUUUUUCAAUUUUUGACUCCACAGUGUUGAUUCAAUGGCACCAGCGGGCCGUUCAGCGUUCGCUGAACAUCUGCCAAGAGCACCUCCAUAACCCGGAAUCACGUCCUCAUUGCACAGUGCACCGUUGAGCCCCGUUACCAUCCCUGGUGCUUGACCUGCCUUGCUGCCCUAUGAUCUGUACUCACAACGUAACCGACAUGAUGUUCUACACACUUUCCCAAGCUUUAUAUCAAGAUGUCGUAUGGCAUUGUCGCAAAAGCCCACAUCUUGCUUAACACCUAGGCAGGCAAUUUGCUCAGCGGCCCUCCUUUAAGGCCAGCCAAUUUCGGUCGAAAAAGUUGCUGACUGAUCUCUACACCUUUCAUUCAUGAGCGAGCAUGAUGGCGGAUGGAUACAACCACGCGAGAGCAAUGCGCGUUGCGGAGAUCAUAUCAGACUUUCGAAAUCUGCAGCAUUACAUGGCACAGAUACAAGCAAAUCCAUCAGCAGAGGAGUACUAUCUCCCUGGUUAUAGCUUGCUGCGCGCCUGCAUUACCGAAGCGCAAGCAGUGCUCGCCUCUCCAUACGUUUAUGGAGGCAACGCAGAUCCUGAGGGAGAUCUCGAAGCUGAGAAGGCUCAACUGCGGGCAAUAAUUAUCGAUGCAGGCGUGAGGCGAUUCCAACUGCAGAGAUGUUACCUACGCGCCGUCGCAGCACUUAGAUGGAUUAACGGUCGAGCCCAGAUCUUACAAGGUCAGCAACCGCACUCAGGACACACUGCACAACUACAACAAGUAGAUGCCACGCUUCAGCAGGUUAGUAAACCCCUGAACUGCCUUUCCUCCGGAGUUUGGAUGGUCACGGAGAGUCAACAUGAGCGGGCGCCGUGGCUGCCCAUUAACACUCUGCUAUGUUUAAAUCUUGUCGAUUUUGACAGCCGGAAGCGAGAUCGAUUGGACCCCCUGAAUGCGCGAGUGAAUAGUCUAUCUUUCUCGCCAUUAAAUGGCCCCACCGUAGUGGGGUCCUCUUAGCCGCGAACCUUUAGCCUUCUUGGCACAUGCGGUAACAACUCCGAGAACUUUGCUUUCUAUUACCUGUUUCUGGGCCGUGGGAGAGAGACGAUUCGGGCUAAUAAGGUUCUUGCCUAGGAGGUCGCAUCUAUAACGGACCAGCACGUCGAAUACUCGCUGCGAGCGCAGGACACCGUACAAGGCAAAUGGCUGGACGAGGAUCCUUCCCUCGCAACUAUCCUGUCACGCUUGCGAAGGAGUUGACAAUCAGCCUCUCGAGGGCGUACGACUCGAAAAGACUUGACAAUAAGUAUCCUGGUGAAGGACACAUCAAGACCGACGGUCUGAACGAGCGCGCGUUUGGCCACAACGAGGUACUGUUUCUUACUCUCACCUAAGUCCUGGCGACUGGUGUACACCUUUCCUAAUUCAUCAUUUGGGUGCCUGUGGUCGCGGCGACUGAUUUUUGCCAUGCCCACUGAGGACAAAAAAAGCAACAAAAAAAGGGGGAGCGUAAAAUAUAGGGAGGCAAUGGAAUGGCCAGGUCAAUCUCAUCCACAUAUGUAUACUUGCACAGAUACAUAUUGUUAUACCUCACAGCAUUUUAAAGGGGCGGCGCAGAGCACUACCUCGUUCGUUGAGCCUCUUACCCUUCGAGAGGGCGUGGGUUUCGAAUCAUUUUUGAACUGUGUUCCACAUAUUCUGCGGCUGCAGAAAUGUUAUCUAAGCAUCUGUUUAAUAAAUAUUCAUUUUCUGACUACAA